AUGCUUAAGCAUAUGGGUUGUGUAGAAAUUACACCUUAUAAUAAAGAUCAAAGUGAAAUAAGAAAUGGACAUUUUGAAUUUUGGACAAGAUCGGUAAAUUCAGAAAAAGAUCGUGAGACAUUACAAAUUUUACAUGAUCUUGAUUUUCUUUAUCCUACACCGAGAAAAUUUUGUGAUCAAACAGAAACUCUAUGGAAUUGUAUUCAUGAAUCAUUGAAUGCAAAUAAAAAAGGUCAAGAUGGAAAAAGGCACAUUUUGUCUAUUAUUGCAGAACAAUUUCCAUAUUGUGAAUUAAAAAGAUUUGAAUCUAAAUGUGUCAAAAAACCUAUUUUUACACGAAUUACAAUUCCGCAUAAAAAACUUGAUCAGUUACAACAAUUUUUGGAUGAUAAAAACAAUGUAAUAAUGAGUAGCUAUAAAACAGAAACUAAAACUGGGCUUCCAGUAAAAUAUCUCAAAUAUACAAAAGAAUCUUUGUGGGAAAAAUUCAGCUACCAAUUUCCAGAUGGUGUUAAAAGAACAUCUUUUAUGACGUUCUUGCAAAAAAAACAAUAUAUUUAUCAAGAAAAUCUUGGUGGUCUUUGUUCAAUUUGA